GGUGGUUUUGUAUAUAAGGACCGCGACAUAUGAACACACGCACGCACACUCAAACGUACACGAUGCUAUAACUGUAUAACUGUACUACAUUAUACAUAUAUUAUCAUCGCUAAUCCUAUAUUGGAAUCGGUUGGGAGAAAACUUUCAAAUGCUCGUCAAUUAUUGUUUCGUUUGUAAUAGGAGACCGCGCGGGCACUCGGACGGGCAGUGCAGUGUGUUCGGACGGCGUUUAACUAGCUUACCAAUACGGGAACAUGUCGGCGAGUCAGAUUAUUAUGUUGUCUUUGUCGUCGUCCGUCGUUCUAAAAAUGUAAAUCAACUGUAAACGGCCGGAGCGAGUGUAGUGGGAACUAUUAGCAUCUGGUUUUACAUAAAAAAAAAGGAAUCAAAAAAGAAGAAACAUGACUGGCACGAAUACGGGAUAUGCAUUUAUGGUAUUUGCAUUGUCGAUAUUAUGGAUGUCUCGCAAGGGAGCUGAAAGUUUUAUGCAAGACUUCCAGCCAUGUACAUUUAAUCCUCUGUGUUCAUGCACCAAGUCAUACGACAGUUUGGGUGAAGUACACUGUGUUGAUGUAUAUUUUCCACGCAUACCACCAGCUAUCAACCGAUCUAGGUUGUCGACACUUCAUCUUAGGAACAAUGACUUGGACAGCAUAGAACCUUACUUCCUCGUCAAUACUGGUCUUUAUAAGAUGACAAUUCAAGACAAUCCAUUGCCAAAAUUAAACGAUGAUUCAUUAUAUGGAUUAGAGCAUUCAUUAUGGGAACUGGAAUUAAUUAAUACUUAUUUAAAUUAUGUCCCAAGUCGGGCAUUACGAAUAUUAUUAAAAUUAAAAGUACUAAAUUUGUCAGGUAAUCAAAUAUCAGAGAUAAAGAUGGGUGAUUGGAAUGGAUUGGAAAAUACUCUAAAAGUUUUAAAACUUGCUAACAACGCACUUACAUAUUUGCCGCAUAGGGCUUUUGAUGGCCUUGAGUCGCUAGAAAACCUUGAUUUGUCUGGUAAUAUGAUUUCGGAAAUACAUGUAAAUGCAUUUCAAGACGGUCCAUUGCAAUUGUACAGACUCAAUUUAGCUGAUAAUUUGUUGAAAUAUAUUCCAUAUAUGCAUUUAACUUCGUCAGCGAUGAAAUUUCUGAAGUAUUUGGAUGUUAGUUACAAUUUAAUUGAAAGUACAAAAGGACCAUUAUUAACAGUAACAUCACGAGGUAGUGGAAGACAUAAGUUUCUUCUAGACGAACUUCAUUUAGAAUACAAUCACAUAAAAAUUUUAGAAAAACAAAGUUUGCAGAAUUUUGAAUCUAUAAAUAAAACAUACUUUAAUGGAAAUCCAAUAACACAUAUUCAAGAUGGAGCAUUUCAAAACACUAAAAUUCGAGAGAUAUUUAUGAUCGAUUGUGACAUUUAUAAUGUAUCAUCUGAAGCAUUCAAAGGCCUUGAAACAUAUUUGCAUACAUUGGAUGUGUCAAAUAAUAACAUAACAGAAUUUCCUAUUAGGAAGUUACAGCAAAAUUUUAACAUGCUUAUGAAACUAGGACUUGGAGAUAAUAAGAUAAAACAUUUAUUUCCUAUUCAUAAUGAGAUAUCAGAAAAGAUAAAGUCAAAUGAGAAGAAAAAAACAAACGAAAAAAUCGUAGCUUAUGAAGAUAAUAAACAAAAUGUUCAAGAAAAAGAUAAUAACCAUCACGAAUUUUAUUCUUUGCAAGAUUUCGAUUUUUCAGGUUGGAAUAAUGGUCCGCUUCAAAUUAAAACCAUUAAUGGUUUUAAAUAUCUUCGCCGGCUUUCUCUAUCAAAGAUGGCUACAUCAUCUUUAGAACCAGAUAUGUUUAUGAAUUUUACUAUUGAUAUGGAGGAACUUCAGAUCACAGGAUCAGAUAUAAAAGUUAUCAGGGCACAUGCAUUUAAGCAUGUCCACGGACUAAAAUAUUUAGAUUUAUCUGAAAAUACGAUAAGCACAUUAGAUUCUGAUGCAUUUAAAGAGAUUGGACAUUCUUUGCAAUAUCUUAAAAUGUCACAUGCUUUUGCAUUUACGUUUAAACCAAUACCAGCGGAAGCUUUACGGUAUCUGAAUAAUUUGAAAUAUUUGGAAUUAAGCAAUAAUCAUAUGCAAUAUCUUCGAGAAUCAAGUUUUCACUCUCAAACAAAUUUAAGAACUUUGAAACUACAAGAUUGCAUGAUAGAGACUUUGCACAAAGGGACAUUUCAAGGUGGACAAGGAGGAAGUCAUAAUAAUCUAGAAGAAAUUUAUAUGUCAUUCAACUUUUUAAAAAAAAUUGAAGAAGGAUCUUUUGACGAUUUGCCAUCAUUAGGAAAGAUUCAUUUGGAUGGAAAUCGAAUAAGUCGCAUUGAAAGACAUGCUUUUACCAAUUUAGAGCGUUUAAGAUGGUUAAUUUUAAGAGGGAAUCAAAUUGAAAAGUUGGAAAUAGAAGCAUUCCAAAAUUUACCUUAUUUACAAGAACUCGAUUUAGCUUAUAACCAUAUUAAACACGUGGACUUUACAUUCUUAGAUCAAGUUGGAAUGCUAUCAUAUUUCAGUAUGAACGUUAGUCACAAUCUCUUAUCAAAACUAUCAUCUAAUUAUAAUGCUUCUACAAAGGACCUCUAUAUACAGUCAAAUAUUAGGGUUUUAGAUAUUUCGUAUAAUAACAUUAAAAGCAUAGAAGACAAAUAUUUCUCUCCAAUGGAAUCAAGCCUAAGUUAUUUACACAUGUCUUUUAAUAAUCUAUACCAAGUGUCUAGAAAUGUGUUUGGGAACUUGAAUAAUCUAUUAUGGCUAGAUCUUGGACAUAACAAAAUCGUUGAAGUUGGAUUUGAUUCCUUUAAAGCAUCAAAAAGACUACAAGUUUUCAUGAUAUCUCAUAAUAAUUUAGCAGAUUUACCUAAUGAUUUGUUUAAAGGAUUCACUGAACUUCGAUUAGUUGAUUUUUCAUAUAAUAAACUUCGGGUGUUGCCAGACAUGUUUUUCAGUGAAGAUAACUUAGAAGUACUGAACAUGGCUCAUAACGAAUUAUCUCGUAUGCCUGUUUUGUCAUUUAGCGCACAUUCUGCGGGCAUUUUGUGUGAUAUGGAUUUAUCUUUUAACACAAUAACAGCAUUACCUGUUUUUGAAAUGUUUUCUAGAUUUAAAUCAUUAAAACGGUUAAAUCUUGCUGGUAACCGUUUGGUACAUAUUGAAGAUUCAAAUUUUGCAAGUUUAAUUCGUUUAACUUAUCUUGAUCUAAGUCAUAACGAAGCACUGAGUUUUGAAAAUAGAGGUCGUAUGUUUUUAGGCCUUGAACAGUCGCUUCAACAUCUUAGACUUAAAAAUAUUUCUUUAACAUCCAUACCAGAAUUGCCACUACCAUCUCUUAUAAAUUUAGAUUUAUCUGGAAACCAAAUAUCAUCUAUUGGGUCAGAUAGAGCUUCUAAUUUAUCAUCAUUGCGGUAUUUAGAUUUAAGUCACAACGAGUUAAUUGGAUUUCCAUCUAUCAUUAUGAAUUUACCAGAGCUCAAUAACCUUAAUUUAUCAAAUAAUCAUAUUUACGAUUUGAAUAAUAGCACUUUAAAUAUGGGCGUUCAGAAGUUGAUUACUUUAGAUUUAAGUUAUAUGCCAUUAGUAUCAUUCGAGACCGGUGCUUUAAAUAAAAUGACAUCUUUACAAACACUAGUAAUUAGUACAUUUGUUGGUAUCAAGGAUUUCAAUAUUCCGUCUGUAAUAUCUGACAUUCAUACUCUUAGAAAUUUGAAUCUUAAAGUUGAUAAGAUAUCACGAAUGGGCAAAGAAUUUAUUGGUUUAUUUCCGUAUAAAUUAAGAAAUUUUACGAUUAGUGGAAAAGCUUUACAUGGUAUUUCAUUAAAUAAUGUAUUUCAGGGUUUGAGAUAUCCAAGUUUGAAUUUGACAAUUUUCAAUACUAGUUUGGAAACAAUAUCAAAUGACAUUUUUCGGCACAUGGGAACUGUGAGAAAUAUUAGUUUAGAUAUUCGAAAUAAUUCAUUGAAAUCUAUAGGAAAUCCAUCCACUAAUACUUCACCAAAUCAUCAUGCUCAAACGUUUUUAACUUCGCUAAAAGUAUCUGGAAACCCAUGGACUUGUGAUUGUAGUAUCGGUUGGAUGGAAGUUUGGCAUCGUAAGAAACGUCAAUUUUUGUGCAAUGAUGAAGACCCGUCAACAGCGCCUUCGAAUAGAUACAGAGACGUCGAACACUAUUCAACUAGUAAAUCUACGUGUUUCAUCAGUGAUGAAGAUCUUGAGAUAGCUGCUUGUGCAGAUAAGAAAAAACCACUAUCUGAAGCUUUUAAAAAUGACAUCGAAUGUGGAUGGGGAGCAGCUGGUAAAUGCCAAUCACAUUUAAUUACUAUUAUUCUUGUUAUAACGGCAUACAUAAUAAUGGUAUAACUUACAGAAUAAAACUAACAAAAAAAAAUCUUACGAGAUUAGGUACUAACAACAUGCGUUGAAAUAUCAAAUAUUAUAAUAAAUAUAAGACAACUAUUAUUUAUUUCAGAUAGCUUUUAUGUAAAUUAAAUCUACUCAUAAAAUAAAAGAAAAUAUUCUAACAUAGUUAAAUCUAGAUUUCUUGUGAACCUGAGAUUAAUCUAUUUUACUUAGUUAUGCAUUUUACUAAAAUUAACUCUAAUAUUUGGUUUUUUUUCAUGACAUUAUCUUCGUAUGAAUUAUGAAAUAACACAUUUUAUCAUAUUUACUAUCAAUCGGUACUUAAAGUAUACUGUAGAUAUGAUCUAAUAAAACUAAUAAAACAUAAAAGAAUCUUUUAAUUUGUUGUAUAAUAAUAAUAUAUUAUUAUUCGAGAAAUAUUAAUAUUUCAAGCAAUUAAGUUAAUUUAAAUAUUAUUAAAUCAUGUUGUGAAAUAUAGAUAUAAAAAUGUAAAUUCCAUGGUUAUACAAAAAGCGUAUGUAUUAAAGCGUUGCUCUAAUUUGCGUAAUAUGGUACUUUCAACUUAUCAUAUUUUUAGAAUUUAUCGUUAAAAAAAUUAAUAAUAAUAUGCGAUCUAAAUAUCUAAUAUAACAAUUUGGGUUUUGAAGGUAAUAUACUCGUAUUUUAAGUAAUGCAAUUGAUUAGUUUUGAAUAAAAAAAUGUAUAUUAAAAAAUUCUCUAAGCUAAUACAAAUACCUAUAUGAUUUAUGUUCUAAUAAGUAAAAUACCUAAUAAAGUGCAGAGUACUUCCAAAAAAGCUUUUUAUCAAUACAAUUUAGAUUUUGAGGUUUAUUUUCCUAGAUUAGUUGUAUAAUUUUUUGGGGAUUAAUGUCAUAUUAAAAAAAUUAACUUAACGUUAAAGUAAUUAUCGUUAAAACCAGCAUUUUUUACUGUAUACAAAGUUAAAUAUAUUUAUUAUUAUUUGUACUAAUAUGUUUUUAUAAUUUUUAAAACAAAAAUAAAUUAUACUUGUUAUUAAUUUCAAUAUAUAAUCAGAAAAAUACAAUCACUUGUUUAAAAAAAAAAUAAUUCUACACCUAAACAUAAAAUUAAUGUACUCUUAAGAAAACUGCCAUACUUAAAACUGUUCAUAUUAAUUUCUAAAAAAAGUCGCUCAUUUAUUGUACUAAAAUUAUUAUUUUUUAAUUUAAUGUUUAUUUAUUUUGUUAAAUUAUUUAUUUAUCAUAAAUGAUUUUACGAUUUUGCAUUAUAUUGCAAUUACAUAAUUUUUUUUAUAAUUAAAAAAAUUAUUUUAUUUUUAAUGAAUGAUGUUUACCACAUACUUGUAUUCAAUUACUUUUCAUUAUAUAUAAAAUAAUACUAUUAAGAUUAGUUUUGUUUUAUCAGCUUGUACCUAUUUAUUGAAAUUCAAUAUGUAUUAUUUAACCGUUAUUCCUUUAAAGUUGUUUUGCUAGUUUAAAUUUAAUGUUUUAACCAAACAAUAUUAUUUUAUAUUUGUCGAUAAUAAUAUUGAAUAUGUAAUACUUAAAGUAUUUUAUUAAAGAAUGAAGUACGACAGUUAAAAUGUGAUUUAUGACCUAUUUUAGACUCCCCUCAGAGAUCACCACCAUUUUACAUCUAACCAAAUAUGAGAUAUGUAUUUAAUUAACAAUAUUGGUCAUAAACGGGAUUAAUUAUUAAAGGGGUUUUGUUUACUUAAAAAUUAAAUUUAUUACUUUAGUCUAUUAAAUUUGAUGUCAUGAUUAUAAUAUCAUUUAACAAGAUGAUAAUAUAGUUUUUAUGCUAUAAACUUGAAUCUUCGUUGAAAUAAUGCUAUGUUUUAAUUUUAAGCAAAUAAAUAAAAACCAAUUGUUGUA